AAAAGGGAGGUAACAUGUAAACUUCCUGUAAUGUUCUCGAUGCUGACCAUGUAGAUAUUUAUUGAAUAGGAUAUCCAAUUUAAAAGAUAUCAACAAUGACAGACAAGGCUACCCCCAAUCCCCUGGAACAGUUUGUUCUGUUGGCCAAAACUGCUAAAGGGGCUGGAGCUGUAGAACUAAUCAAGCAAGCUCUUGAUGCUCAAGGCGUUUAUGUAUUUGGAGAACUUCUGGAUAUGCCACAUAUUCAAGAGCUUGCUUCAGGUCCUCAUUCACAGUAUCAUAAUCUCCUCAAUAUAUUUGCAUAUGGAAGUUACAAAGAUUACAAAGCAGGUGCUUUGAACCUGCCAGCACUUAGUCCAGCACAGCUUACAAAACUGAGACAUCUGACUAUCGUGUCAUUAGCAACAAAGAAUAAGUGCAUUCCCUAUUCAGUUCUUCUUGAGGAACUAGAUAUACAGAAUCUAAGAACUCUUGAAGAUUUAAUUAUUGAAGUGAUCUAUGCUGAUAUAGUACAUGGAAAAUUAGAUCAGAAAAACCAACAGUUAGAGGUGGAUUAUGCCCUGGGGCGAGACAUUCGACCAGAGGCGGUCCCGGAAAUUGUGUCUGUUCUGCAAGACUGGUGCACAGGCUGUGAAGCAAUGUUGCAGAGUAUAGAAUCCCAAAUCUCCAAGGCCAACCAAAAUAAAGAAAAUAAUAUACGAAUCAAACAUCAAAUAGAACAGGAGGUAAUAAAUAUAAAGAAAACUCUGAAGAAUACACAACAACAGGACUCAGAAGAACAGAUGGUGACAGAUAGCCAAGUGUCCAUGUCAUGUGAUAAACCAAGCAAGAAAUCCUCCAAAACAAAAGGAUUGCGUGGAAGUAGUGGGACAAAGCUUUGGAAAUGACAUUGGAUACGCGGCUAUUAAUGAACUCAUUGUGUUUUAUUUGUAACAAUGUGACAACUCAUUUCACAGCGAUAGUAAAUUUGAUACCAGAUUUUUUUUUUUAUAGAUGACAAUAUUCAUCAUGGAUAUUCCUCUGUAUUAUAGCUAUUAUAUGCAGUCAGAAACUCAGAUCUUUAGUUCUAUGUGAAAGAAUUUGCCAACAGAUUGCAUUAAAUGUAAAUAUUUCCA